AUGCCUCCUGUUCCUCAAGUGGCUCAGCAGAUUAGCCAGGAGCAAAGCCAGCAGCAAAAUGGACCAAACUUGUCAAGUUUUCACAGUUCCUUACCAGCUCCACACGGCAGGAAGCCAGCUUCUCUUCAGCAGCUGAUUUUAAGUGUGGCUCGUCAUCAUGAGGAUGUGGUACGUCAUAAGGAAGCAUGCAGGAAAAGAGAAGAGAAGCAACUGAGGGCUGUUGCUGCUUCUACUGCUAGAGAAAUCGAACAUUUCUGGUCCACCAUUCAACAGGUAAAUGUGAAAAAAAGAACAAAGAAAUGUAAAGACGUGCCGGUUUGUGCAGAAAUAAGAGACCCUCUGAAUGAGAGCCUUCAGGAGGAAGAGUCACUUCCAGAUCUUCUCACAUCGACUGUGAAGAAAUCCAUGGCAGAUCUAGCGGCCGCUGCCGCUGCUGCAGAAGCGUUGUUACCCAAGGGCAGUGCUCAGAUCACAACAGCGGUGAAAAGUGAUUCUCCACCCUUAUUACGGGGCACUCUCAGAGAUUAUCAGAAGACUGGACUGGAGUGGUUGGCAAAGCUGUACCAGACGAAUCUCAAUGGCAUUCUGGCUGAUGAAGCUGGGCUUGGAAAAACAGUGCAAGUUGUUGCUUUUUUUGCCCACUUGGCAUGUAAUGAAGGUAACUGGGGUCCUAUUCUUGUGGUUUCACAAAACUUUAAUGUGCUGAAGUGGGAGAUUGAACUGAGGCGCUGGUGUCCUGCUUUGAAAAUUCUUCUGUAUCUAGGGGACCCAGGAGAACUUCUGACAAAAAGACAGGAAUGGACUGACCCCAACACCUUUAAUGUGUGUGUUGCCUCCUGCGAGCAGUUCUUCAAAGACUCCGAAGCAUUCAUGAAAGUACAAUGGAGGUACCUAGUUCUAGAUGAGAGGCAGAAUGGUGGCAACAUGACAGAGCAGCACUGGGAUGCAAUAUUCAAUCUCCAGAGCCAUCAUCGAUUACUCUUGAUGGAUACGAUUCUGCCUACUGCCUUCCAAGACCUGUGGGCCAUUGCCUGUUUCCUGAUUCCAGGGAUUUCCCAAUCCUAUCUGUUUUUUACGAAGGUAGCAUCUGUGGAAGGGAAUGAAGAUCAUUACCAGCGAGUUGCAGCGAGACUGCAGAGAGUAAUGCAGUCAUUUAUUUUGCGGAGGUCCAAAAUUCAUGUUGAGAAGCAGUUACCAAGGAGAUAUGAGCAUGUGCUUACGUGUACUUUUUCUCAUCGGCAGAAGUCAAUGUAUAAAGACAUCUUGUCUCAACCAAGAACUCAAGAAUAUCUUAGAAGUGGACACCUUGCCAGUGUCCUCCAUAUUCUGACGCAGCUGCUACGGGUGUGUAACCAUCCUGAUCUGAUAAGUUCCCGGCUCCCAAGCUCUUCCGUUGUAUUAGACACGCUGGAGUUUACAACUGCUUCUCUAGUGCUGAAUGCAUUAGCAUGGGAUCUUUGGAAGCAUGCAGACUGGUCUCUCUUUGAUGUGAUUGGGAUGGAAAACAGAAUGACUCGCUAUGAAGCACAGAUCCUGCCAAAACUGAAGGUAACUAGGGAGCGUAUUGAAGAGAUCUACAGUUCUCCUUCAGCACCCAGACUUGAGCCGCUGAAGCUGAAACCAAAUAGGUUAUUUACACCAGUGCAGUAUGGACAGAAACCUGAAGGUAGGACUAGAGACUUCUCAAGGUCUCCAUUACAGAAGAAGGUGGACACAGCGACAGAUCAUUGUGAGAAAAUAAAAAGACGACAACCCCUUGUCAUGUUCUCAGAAAAUCCGUGUAGGAAAGCAGCCAGCAAGAUACUACUCAGCCCAACGGCUUCUGCAGCUGGAACACAAGAGAGAGGUGCUCAGCCAGAGAAGCCUGGUAUCAUAGAAGAAAAAAGACAACUAAAGGAACACCUGGACAAAAUAUAUUCUGUGAAUGAGCGUCAUUGUUCCAGAACCCCCCUCUAUGGCAGAGACUUGUUGGAAAUUUGCUCUUGGAUCAGUGAAAGAAAAAUCUCUCAGCACUGUUCUGCCAGGAUUAACAAAUGGCGCUGGGCUGGCUUUGCCAAUUGCCUUCCAUAUUCAAGUACUUCAGGGGUUCUAAAGGAUCCAUUGCAAGAACUCAUUCUGAGCUUGAAGCAGCAACAGAUCGCAUUGAGGGAUGUUGUUAUUAGAGAUCUGCGCGUAUUGCCAGCUGUUGCCGUUGCUACUCCAUAUCUGUAUGUAGCACAUCCUCCUUACACAUAUACCCACAAAAUGAGGGUCCUGAAGCUUAGUCUAAAGGAACAGAUACUUCCCUACUUCCAUUCACUGCAGCAGAUAGCAAGGCCUCAUUUUCUACAGUUUCCAGAUCCCCGCCUGUUGCAGCGCGAUUCAGGCAAGAUGGAAGCUCUGGCUGUCUUGCUUCGGAAGCUGAAAGCGAGAGGCCAUCGUGUGUUGAUUUUGACGCAGAUGAUUCCGAUGCUUGAUAUACUGGAGCUCUUCUUGAAUGUCCGUUUUCUCACCUACGUAAGAGUUGAAGAGAGUGGUGCUUGCAGUUGGCGUUUUCUGGUAAGAGGACCCCUUGCUCAAGAAUCCAUAAAAAACUUCAACCAAGACAAGCGAUUCUUCUGUGCUAUUCUUUCUUCCCACACUCCUGCCACAGGUGUCAGCCAUGUAGAUGCGGAUGCUGUUGUCUUCUAUGACACUGACUUAGAUCCGCUGAUGGAGAAACAGGCUAACGAAUGGUGUGAUAAAAUUGCAAGAGGCAGAGAUGUACACAUAUACAGGUUUAUAAGUGGUAAUUCUGUUGAAGAGAGGCUGUUGAGAAAAGGUAUUAAACAUUUGAUUCAAGAAGUGGCUGCUGAGGGAGAUAAUCGUUCGACAGACGUCUUAACUCAGGUGCAUGAUUCAAGAAAUGCCAUGGCUCCUUCACGGUUAGAACGGCUGGCUAGCUUUCUGGAUGAGCUUAAGCCGAUUGAAAAGUAUGCAUUGAAUUUCUUGGAAUUGUUUCAUACUUUGAAUGAGCAAAAAAGCCAGAAUGUCAACGAGGAGUUAAAAACUGCAAAUAUAAAAUGGGACUAUCAGCAUGCCAAGGAGCUGGAAAAGACAAAAGAAAAACUUCAGCAAAAAAAGGAACUCUUAACGUAUACCAGACAGGAUGCUUAUAACAUGGAAUUUGUCUCUGAAGGCCCAGAUGGAGAAAUAGAGAUAAUGCCUCUCUGGACUCCCCCUAUUGUACCUGAGAGUCAUGAUGAUGUCUACACUGAUUCAGUCAUGUGUCUGAUGUAUACUAGUACCCUGAUUCCAGAGUCUAAGCUUCCACCCCUGGUUGUUAGGAAGGCGUGUAAGCGAAAGAGAGCAGAUCUGGCAUCUUCAGGUGAGAGAAAGAAGCAUUGCCAUAGAAGGAUGGUUGUUCCUCCACCUUCACUUUUCGAUGAAGUGACUCCAAGAAUACUGAAAACAAGACAGAAGAGCAAAGCUCAGAAGACUUUCCUCUUGCAAAAUACGUUUACUGCUUUACCAAGCCCUUUGUCAGCUCUCAUCAAGGCAGCUGCUGACACUGGCCAAGACAGUCCGGCAUGGCUAAUUGCUGAAGACCUGGCACUGUUAAAAGCGGUGAAACAGUUACGGACACUUCCUUUAAACCCUGCUCUUGUGUCACCGGCACAGAGAGCGAACUGGGAGUUUGUCAGUGAUGUCGUUAACUCCUGUAACUAUGUUCAUCGCUCCCCAAAGCAAUGCCAAAACCGUUACACAAAUGCAUUUGCAAGUCUAGAUGGAAAGAACAGAGAUGAUUAUUCUCUUCAUGCUAGACAAGCCUAUGCUAACGACCAGAAUUCUGAACGUAUUCAAAUCUACAUGAAUCACUUUGAGUUGAUGACAAUGACUUCUAGAAAAAGAAGUUCCUCAAAAAGGUUUCUUGCAGACAACUAUGACAAGCUGCUACCUAUGCCUGAAGUUGUUUCCAUCUGUGCAGAGCCUAUGAUGAUACAUGAAAAGGAAUCGACCAAAGAACAAAUAGCUGCACAGCUGCAGGAGCAACAGCCUAGUCAGAAGCAAGAAGAGGAACCAACGGAUACAGGAUUUUGGGCUUCAUCCCAGAGUGCAUUUUACGAUGUUGAAAAAGGAAUUCCAUAUAUAGAGAGGAACAAAUGUCAUUUUAUG